AUGAAUAACGAUACAACUAAAUUUAUUUCAAGCAUAGGAACAUCAUUCAUCAAAGAGAAUUCAGACAAAUAUGUAAAAGAUAACAAAGGAAUGAUUAAAGAGAAAAUAAGUGAGAUCAAAGAGUUUUUUAAUAUAAACGAUUCACUUGUACUUGAUAAAUUAAUUCUAAUCUGUUACCCAUUCUAUAGCUCCUCAGAAUUUCUAUACAAACAAGAUUUAUACAUUCCAAUAGUUAGUUUCAUGACUUUUAUACUUUUAUCUUCACUUGAUUUAGGUAUUAAAGGAUUGUUUAAACCAGAAAAACUGUUUGUGUCAUCAUCAAAAAACAUAACGGUUAUAUUAAUAUUAGUUGGUUUGUAUAAACUUUUAUUUUAUUUGUUAGGAUUCUCAAUAGGUGUAUUGGAUAUUUUAUGUUUCUGUGGAUAUAGAUUUGUGCCUAUGUGUAUAAUUAAGCUGUCAUCACUAAUAAUUUACAGGUAUGUUUACUACCUAAUCAUUGUCUAUCUGUUUGUUUGUUAUUUCUUUUUCAUUAGUAGAUCAAUUUAUAAUCACUUACAAGAUUUAGUUAGUAAUAAGAUAAAUGAAUAUGGAACACAUGAUUUAAUAAGUUCCAGGAAGUAUUUAUUUGUAGUUUCUAUAAUUGAAUUAACUGUGAUUGUUAUUGGAAUUCAAUAA